AUGACUGAAGAUUUUGAACUUAUUUGUCAGGGAGCUGAAGCUAGGUUAUACAAAGUUGAUUUAACCAGGCGCAGUAUUUAUAUGGAGUUCAUAGAAAACGCUGUAACGCUAAAAGUUUGUAUAGAAAAAAUGAUCGAGGUAGGAGAUGAAAAAAUUUGGAUAGAAAAAAUAGGUAAAGCUCUAGGAAUGCUUUUAGCAAAACUACAUUCUAAAAAUAUUAUUCACGGUGAUUUGACAACGUCGAAUAUACUUGUGAAAAAUAGUAUAUUUGAUAAACUAACUGGUAUUAGCAAUGAAGAUGACAAAAACCUUCAUCAAGAACUAAUAGCCAUUGAUUUCGGACUCGCACGAGUUGAUUCUACAGCCGAAGACAAAGCGGUUGAUCUUUACGUGCUCGAGCGAUCAUUGCUCAGCUCUCACUCUCAAGUACCUACUUUGUUUGCCAGCAUUAUUAGUAAUUAUCAAUGUGGUAUUACGGAUAAAAAGCAGCGACGAGAAAUUGUAUCGAAAUACCAGCAGGUGAGAGCUCGUGGAAGAAAGCGUCUCAUGAUUGGUUAA